UCCCCAUAAUAUUUAACAGCAGCUGCAGCAUCUCCAACAGUUUCUCCCAUCGAGAUCCAACACCCAAAAUUCAAUUUUUAAAUGGAAUCCGAGCCCUUCAAAUCCCUCUCCAUGGACUACCUCAACCUCCUCAUCAACGGCCAGGCCUUCAGCGACGUCACCUUCAGCAUCGAAGGUCGUCUUGUUCACGCCCACCGAUGCAUCCUCGCCACCCGCAGCCCCUUCUUCCGCCGCUUCUUCGACUCCCCGCCCCGCCGAACAAACUCCUCCGGCGGCGCCAGCUCGGUUAACGUUAUCCCCGUCAACUCCGUUCGAUACGAUGUCUUCCUCCUCCUUCUUCAGUUCAUUUAUAGCGGACAAGUGUCGUUCAUUCCUCUUAAGCACGAGCAGAGACCCAACUGCGCUGAUACAGGGUGUUGGCAUACUCACUGUUCUUCCGCCGUUGAUCUCGCGCUUGAUACUCUCUCAGCCGCACGAUCUUUUGGAGUCCAGGAGCUCGUCUUCCUCACACAG